CUCCAGGCCACAUAGUCCCCGCUCGUACUGGUCGCAGCCACCAGUAGAGUCUCAUACUGGAACCGUACGACUGGCUGCUCCUCAUAGGUGCUCCUUUUAAUCCAGAAACCUGUAGUACAAUUGAGACCGCACGUUAAACUGCGUAAAUGUCACGUAGGAGGUUGUUUUGUUGUUUUAACAGCCGCGUGUGUACCUUGGCUCCGGUAAGCCACCAGCAACGGCGGGACGUAAGUGAGACACAGGACCGCGACUAGGAACACAGUGGCGCUGGUGCAAAUACUUGUUUUGUACCGAAUUAAGACAGGAUGGAGAUACCAAGUUAUUUUUUGUCCGACAGUGCUUGAAGGCAGCGCCAUCCUCCACCAGACAGUGACGUCACCUCAAAAAGACGAGCCUCGGGUAUAAGGCUGGAUUUUUUGUUGUUGUUGACGUUUCGUUUUCAAUGUUUGAACUUAAGGACGGCAUUUCCUGCUGAUUCAUAACAUUUCAACGUUGCCGUCACGCCUCAGCGCGGGAUCCAGCAAAGAUGAAAUGGAUGUUUAAAGAGGACCAUUCCCUCGAGCACCGAUGUGUGGAGGCCGCUAAAAUCCGCAACAAAUAUCCAGACAGAGUACCGGCACAUUCGUUUGGUGACCGUAUGGUCACGGCAACGACGGCCGGGAUUAGCACCACACUUGCACCCUUUUGGGACAACACUCAUUUACUGAUACAUUCCUUGGUUAAUUCACAUUACUGAUCACUGAUACAUGUUGUAAAUAAAAGAUCUGUUGGCUAAAAUGUACAAAUCGGUGUGGUCUCCCUUAAUGUUACAGCCACUAACAAGCCAGUGGUUGUGACAUAUGGGGGCUCGUCCGAUCUUUGGUAGUAACUUUAGGCUAUGGUAAUUCCUUCUACUGGCUAUGGCAGCGUAGGAAGGUGCGUAGAGCUCUUUGUAUUGAGUAUUCCUUCUACUGGCUUUUGGAGCGUAGGAAGGUGAGUAGAGCUGAGUUACUAAUUGUGUACUGCUGAUAGUCAGUUGGGGCCUGUUAUCAGUUAGUUAAUUGGGGGAUCUACUGAUUUGUACUUUUGAGGCUUUGUUUGACCGUGCAAGUGUAGGUAGACACUGAAUUGUUUGUUCCAGCCAUCUUGGUUUAGUUUCAUUGCAGUUUGUAGCAUUGCAUUCAGCCUCCUAGGAGCUGUCGCCUUUAUCCCCAUCUAGUACGUGUUCUAGGUUCCUGCUGUCACAGAGCCUGGGCGAGGGCACCGCCUUGGAGAAACGGCUGAAUCGGCUUUGUCGGGAUGGUACGUCUCCACAGGUAUUGGUGAGUAAAUGAUCCUCGUCCUCGGGCUCUGUGUGAAAAUAGAUUAGUCUAGUGGGGGGGAAAUGUUUAGGGGGAUGCUCCGAGGUUAGUUUGCUGUGUUAACAUAACUGUAAUGUUUUAGAGACCUGGUUGGAUUGGUUGGAGAGAGAGAGCCUAGCGUAAUUAGAGCUAGUUUUUGGUUGGGUUGUUUUUUCAGUAGUUUCAUUGUUGGUUUGGUACAGUAGCCAGAUUGGUACUGACGGCCUGGGUUGAGCAGGAUGGAGGCUUUUGUGGAAGCACCAUCUGAGAAAUUGUUGUUUGCCCUUAAUAAGGAACAGUUGUUGCAAUUGGCAGAAAAGUAUGGCAUGGAAUUGUCAUCAGCCAUUAGAGCUGGUAAGAAGAGACCCUUGCGUGAGUCCAUUCACGAGUUUUUGUGUGAGCAGAGCAUUUUGCCUUCAGGAAAAGGUGGUGACGCUCAUGUGAAGGGUAUGUCAGAGCCUAUGCAGUCAGAGAGGGUAGGCAUACUGACUUUUGAGCAACAAAGAGAGAUGAAGGCACUUGAAUUUGAGUGGGCGCAACAGGCUAAGGAGAAAGAACGUCUUUUUGAACUGGAAAAAAUCAAAUUAGAACGAGAAUUGCAACAGCAAGCAGAUAUGGAGAGACUCAAAUUUGAAAAAGAAAUGGAUUUGAAAAAAGGUGAAAUGGACCUUACAGUACAGCUUGAGAAAAUUAAAAUUGAACAGGAUCGUUUGAAACUAAUGUCAGAAGGUAAGAUUAGUGGAAAUCUGUCCGGGUCAAGUAUGGAUAGCAUGGUAAAGUAUGUUCCAAAGUUUGACGAACGUGACCCAGACGUGUUUUUCUCACUGUUUGAACAGAUGGCCUCUGACAAAAAGUGGAGUGAAGAGGAUAGAACGGUGCUUUUGCAAACUGUACUAGUAGGACGCGCACGGGAGGCAUACUUGGCAUUAACACCUGUUGAUAGGCACAAGUAUGCUGAGGUGAAAAAAGCGGUCUUGAAAUGUUAUGAACUGAAUCCAGAAGCUUACAGACAACGUUUCAGAAACUGGCGUAAACGUGAUAAUCAGACCCAUGCUGAAGUGGCAAGAGAGUUGAGUACUUAUUUUAACCGGUGGCUCACUUCAGAGUCUGUCUCAACUUACGAAAAUUUGCGUGAUUUGUUGAUUUUGGAGCAGUUUAAGAACAUUGUACCAGAUCGAAUUGCAACCUACAUUAAUGAGCAAAAGGCAAAGUCAGUGGAGGAGGCAGCCUCGCUUGCUGAUACCUUUGUGUUGACUCAUAAACGUAAGCCUUACAGCAGUCCUCCACGGUAUAAUAGCCACCAACGUUAUGAUCCUGCUCGUUCUCCUCCACAACGUUCUCCUCCUCGUUAUGGUCGUAGUUCAAAUCGAUCCAAUUAUGGCAAUUCCAGUAAUGUUCCUAAAUUUGAUAAUGGAAGUAGCAAAUCUCGCCCAAGCCCGACGGAUAAAUGUCAUUACUGUUUGCAGGAGGGACAUUGGAAAAAGGACUGCCCGCUGUUGAAAGGCCGUAAAUCUAAUGCCAAGGUAGCUGGGUGUGUUUCUGUUGUGCAUCCAGUUGAUUUUGGCGUCUCUGAUCUAACACCGUUACCUCGUUUGGACGUUCAUUGUGAGCAAGUGAUUGAAGAUGGUGCAUCUGUGUCAGACGAGCAGACGAAAUCAGUAGAGUCAGCUGCGUCUGAUUUCGCUCCAUUCAUUAGUGAUGGCUGGGUGUCAUUGGUUGGAGAGACACAAAAAGUUCCAGUUAAAAUCUUAAGAGACACUGGGGCAUCUGAGAGUUUCAUUUCUGGAGCAGUUUUGCCAUUUUCCACAGCAUCUGACACUGGGAAAUGUGUUUUGAUUAGAGGAAUAGGCAUGCAGUCAUUUUCUGUACCGUUGCACAAAAUUCACUUGUGUUCAGGAUUUGUGAAUGGGGAGGUGACUAUUGCUGUGAGACCGUCUCUGCCUAUGCAGGAUAUCCAUGUAAUUCUGGGGAACAAUUUGGGUGGGUGUUUAGUUUCUCCACCUCCAGUUGUUACACCUGUACCGCUAUCUGUAGAGGAGCCAGACGCGUGUUGUCAAGAAUUCCCAGAAGUGUUUACUGCUUGUGCUGUGACUAGGGCAAUGUCUCGCACGCAGGCGCAAUCGUCGGAUGUGUCCAAAUCUGUGCCUAUUUUUGUUCCUGAGCUGCCCGAACCUCUGUCAUGUCAAGAUUUAAUUGAGGCACAAAAGAAUGAUCAGAGCUUUGAGAAAUAUUUUGCCUUAGCUUCUACUGAUCCAACGAUGGGUUACUUCAUUCAGAAUGGCGUUUUGCUGCAUACGUGGUUGCCAGGUGUUGAUCCUGAAGUGGCAGGUCAGGUGAUUCAAGUGAUGGUACCUGACAAAUACCGUGAUUUGAUUUUGAGAACAGCCCAUGGAGCAGAGUCUGGGCAUUUUGGAGUUAAGAAAACCUACCGACGUCUUUUGGAACAUUUUUACUGGCCACGGAUGAAACGCCAUGUAUCUAGAUUUGUCAAAGCAUGUCAUGUUUGCCAGGUUGCGAAACAGAGUACUCCCAUUAAACCUGCACCACUUCAACCUAUUCCGUCUGUUGGCACACCAUUUGAGCAUCUCAUUAUUGAUUGUGUAGGUCCACUACCCCCUUCGAAAUCUGGUUGUGUGUACCUCUUUACCAUCAUGUGCCAGGCCACUCGGUAUCCAGCAGCGUAUGCCUUGAGAACAAUUACCACAAGGUCAAUAUUGAAAUGUUUGUCUAAAUUCAUUUCUGUCUUUGGCAUUCCAAAGGUAAUUCAGAGCGACAGAGGGUCUAACUUUACCUCCAGAACAUUUGCUGCAGCGUUGAAGUCGAUGCAGGUGAAGCACAAUUUGAGCAGCGCGUAUCACGCACAGAGUCAGGGGGCAUUGGAGCGCUGGCAUGCCACGUUGAAGUCUCUCUUGCGCGCUUACUGUGUUGAGAUGCGGAGAGAUUGGGAGGAGGCGUUGCCAUGGCUCUUGUUGUCUGCGCGUGGUGUAGUUCAAGAAAGCACUGGUUUUAGUCCAAAUGACCUAGUCUUUGGCCACAAAGGCCGGACCUCACUGUCUGUUUUAAAUGCCAAUCUGGAUCUGCAGAACACUCCCGUCAGUUUCACUGAGUAUGUAGAUGGUUUUCGUCGUAGGCUGUUGCUUGCAUGGAAAGAGGCAACCGAGCAUUUGACUAAAGCUCAGGUGAAAAUGAAGCUGCGUUAUGACCGUAAAGCUAAGAUCAGAGUUUUCAAUCCAGGUGAUCAAGUUUUAGCUUUGCUGCCCAUUCCGGGGUCACCAUUUACAGCAAAAUACUCUGGUCCAUUUACGGUUAUGAGCCAAGUGUUAGAUCUCAAUUAUUUACUGUCAACUCCUGAUCGUAAACGAUCACAGCAACUGUGUCAUGUGAAUUUACUCAAGCCUUACCACUCUGCAGGUUCCGACAAGGCGGGUGGGAUUGCUGCGAGUCCAGUGGGUCUAGCCGUUGGGGUUGGGGAACCGCUCAACUGGCCGGAGGUGGCAGCUUGGGAUGAAGUGCGCGCACCUGAUGAUUCAGUGUUACACGGGCGCUUAGAUAAUACUCAGCAGUUAAAGGAGCUAGAUAGUCUCCUCGGUCAUUUAAGUGAGGUACAGCGUAAACAGUUGUCGGAUUUGAUUUUUGAGUUUUUGCCUUUGUUUUCCGACACUCCAACCUGUACCACACUAAUUGAACAUGACAUUGACACACAGGGUGCCCGCCCAAUACGACAAAGAUUUUAUCGAGUGGCUCCCGAUAAACAGAAGAGUAUGGAGGACAGUGUGCAGUAUCUGCUUGAUCAUGGUCUCGCCAAGCCAUCUUACUCCAGUUGGGCAUCGCCAUGUCUACUGGUGAAAAAGUCAGAUAACACCUAUAGAUUCUGUACAGAUUAUAGGAAAGUAAAUGCUGUGACUAGACCAGAUUCUUUUCCAUUGCCACGUAUCGAGGACUGUGUGGAUCAGGUUGGGAGUGCUCGUUAUGUCAGCAAAUUUGAUUUAUUGAAAGGUUACUAUCAAGUGCCUUUGACGCAGAGAGCGCAGGAGAUAUCUGCAUUCAUUACCUCUUCCGGUUUGUACUCGUAUACUCGAAUGAGCUUCGGUUUGCGGAAUGCUCCUGCAGCCUUCCAACGGCUCAUGAAUAGGGUCGUUGGGGGGCUGCAGGGGUGCGCGGUUUAUUUGGACGACGCCGUUUGUCAUUCAGACAGUUGGGACGAACAUUUGGCUUGGCAUUCGAGCGCUUUUCCAGAGGUUGGUGGCACUAAACCUCACAGUAAAUUUAGCGAAAUGCGAGUUUGCGCGUGCCACAGUCGUCUAUUUGGGUAAAGUAGUCGGCCAGGGGAUGGUGCGGCCCGUUAACGCAAAGGUGGCAGCUAUUGAUAAUUUCCCUGUGCCGGCGACGAAGAAAGAACUUAUGCGCUUUUUGGGUAUGAUCGGGUACUACCGCAAUUUUUGCUGCAAUUUUUCAACUGUUGUAUCUCCUCUGACCAAUUUGUUGAAGGGUGGCGCCAAAUUCAUUUGGUCGGAGGAGUGUCAGCAGGCUUUCCAGAAUGCAAAGCUUUUGUUAACAUCAGCUCCGGUCCUGGCUGCACCCAAACUGGAUCUGCCAUUCCAGCUGCAGGUGGAUGCAAGCCAGGUGGGAGCAGGUGCGGUCCUCCUGCAGGCUGAUGAUGAUGGAGUAGCCAGACCGGUUUGCUAUUUUUCAAAAAAAUUCAACAAAUACCAAUUUAAUUAUUCAGUGAUUGAAAAGGAAGCAUUAGCAUUGAUUUGGGCAUUGCAACACUUUGAAGUCUAUGUGGGAGGGGGUCUCCAUCCAAUUGUGGUCUACUCAGAUCACAACCCUCUCACUUUUCUACAGUCUUUCAAAGGGUCCACCAACCAGCGCCUGUUGCGCUGGGCACUGUUUCUGCAGCCAUUCCACCUGUUGAUCCGCCAUAUUCGCGGGGUGGAAAAUGUAAUGGCUGAUGCGCUCUCUCGGGCUCUGGACCAGGAGGUCUAAUCAUCUCCACUCACUCCUAACCUGCGGUUUUUCUCUGUUUCCCUUAAAGGUCGCUGUCCGGGUACCAGGAUUUGCUGGGUGCAGGGAAGGUCGGAGGGGAAGGAGGGUGUUUGGGAUGGUUUGGGUUCUGGUUGGUCUGGGGUGGAGGGGAGGUGCGUCAGUGGGACUAGAAUAUAGCUACUGGGGCUACUGUAGGUUUUGGUUUUCUAUUUUUUGAUGGUGCUUCAGAGACCCAGUUAACACGGGUCUCUGUUUUUAAGGGGGGGGGUGUCAUGCCCGGCUCUGCCGGUUAGUGUUUGGGGCACUUUGGUCCUCCGACCCGCAGGUGGAGCUGUCAUGCCCGGCUCUGCCGGUUAGUGUUUGGGGCACUUUGGUCCUCCGACCCGCAGGUGGAGCUGGUCUGUGAAGACGUGCAACAUCUCAGAGGGCUGCUGAUUGGGCGGCCUAUAAAAGGCCUCCCAUCAGCAUGCUCUCUCUCUCAUGCUCUCUCUCCCUCUCUAUCUCUCGUCCCACAGGCACAUUCGUUUGGUGACCGUAUGGUCACGGCAACGACGGCCGGGAUUAGCACCACACUUGCACCCUUUUGGGACAACACUCAUUUACUGAUACAUUCCUUGGUUAAUUCACAUUACUGAUCACUGAUACAUGUUGUAAAUAAAAGAUCUGUUGGCUAAAAUGUACAAA